CGACGUAAUCGCACGAAAUUUAUGGCGGCGCGUCUGGAAAUUACUAUUCUAUUUAAGCUCGGUGUUUGACCAUGUACAAGAACCUCCUUACCCGGUGUUCCAGUUCGCCUUGUGUGAACAUUGUUCGAUCGAAAGCUAAAGGAGUAACUAUAUUGAAUCCAGGUGCAGAUUACUUGCCACGUAAUGGUGUUCCAUCAUCAAACAAGCCCAUCAAGGUAAAUCUCGAAUCCGGCAAACAAUACUCAUGGUGUUCAUGCGGACUUACCAAAACUGAGCCCUUUUGCGAUGGAUCACACAGAUGCGAAGGUAUAACUACACUGCGUCCCAUCAAGUUCCAGGUUGAGAAAAGUGGCGAUUACUUUCUAUGUAACUGCAAACAAACCGCAACUAGACCGAUUUGCGAUAGAGCUCAUGGACGUUUGGUAGUCCCUCCAAGAGACGUAAAUGCCACUCGCUUUGUUGUUUUUGGGGACAACUCUCCCGUGUAUGAAGGCGUUGCUCGUAAUCUGGGUUACAAACCGAAAAGUGGUGGUUUCCAAUAGAUUCUAGCUUUUUAGUGUUUAAGGAUCAUAGAGAAUAAAUAUUUUUGUGCA